UAAGAACAACACGUGAAAAUGCCAUUUUAUUUUCUCUCUUUUUUAAUGGGUGUGCGAGUAGCGCAGGGCGCCAUGGAGGGGUUUGUCCUCGAAGGCACCAAAACGCAGAUAAAGUACUACCCCCAUUCAGUGUAUUUUAAUAUAUACUGUACAGAUAGUACGUACAUUUGUGGGGGCUCGAUUCUGAAUCAGCGUAUAAUGUUGACCGCUGCACACUGCGUGGAAGACUGCAAAGGCAAGAAUCGUUUAAAUGUGCUGAUUAAAUAUGGCCACGAGUAUAUAAACAGUAUGAAGUCGACGCAGAUGAAGGAUUUCAUAAUGCACGAACAUUACGACGAUGACACGAUGAACAAUGACAUUGCACUGGUGAUGGGAACUAGAGCCCUGCCGCUGGGAAACGUGGUCAAAAGGGUCAUACUGAUGCCUUCACCACCGAAACUUAAGUUGGCCUACAUAGCGGGCUGGGGUGUAAUGAACUACCGCCAAGACGUGUCCCUCACGUUACUGGAGGCAGUUCAAGAGGUGCAGCCUUUGUCAGUGUGCAAGAAGAUGGGACUGCGGCCCAGAGGCACCUUCUGCGCGGGCGUCGUCUCUGGCCCGGGGAACCCUGAUUCGGGCGACUCAGGCAGCGCGUUGGUAGGCAAGAAUCACGUACAAAUUGGACUGGUCUCCUACAAAGUUAGCCACUACAGCCUAGUGAUGUACACCAACGUAUCAUAUCACUUCUACUGGAUACGGAAUAACGCUCAAAAACUGUACUGUCGACACAAUUUAGGGUAGUAAAUAAAUAAAUGAA